CUCGGCCGAGCCCCGGCGCGCCCUGCGCCCGCGCCUGCUGACAGCUGCAGCUGGGCUCCAGCCGUCCGCUCGCAGCUACUCGGCCUCCGCCCCCUCGGGCUCCCUCCUCUCCGCCCUUACCCCUCCAGCCCCGGUGCGCUAGUUUCGCAACUGCUUGCCUCUCGCCCCGUGCCCGGCUGUUUUCCAUUUCCCGGCCCCUUCUUCCUGAGUAGUUUGCCCCCCGCAUUUGGGGAGAGGGGCUGGAAAGGGGGUAGGGGGAGCGCUCAGAGGAGAAGGAAGCAAGGGCCGGUGGAGGAGGAGGAGGAAGAGAAUCGCCGGACCUUGGGGAGGCGACCCCACACCACCCUUUCUGGUCAUCUCCCCUCCCGCCCCGCCCCUGCGCACACUCCCUCCCGGGCGAGCUACUUUCGGACGAGGAAAGUGAGGGCGGCCCUGGGUGACAGCGCCGCGGGGCCAGUCCCGGGGAAGCCGCGCGUCUGUUCAAGUCUUGUCUGCCACGCUCCCAGCCAGGGACCGAGGAUGGCUUCGACCACAACCUGCACCAGGUUCACGGACGAGUAUCAGCUUUUCGAGGAGCUCGGAAAGGGGGCUUUCUCAGUGGUGAGAAGAUGUAUGAAAAUCCCUACUGGACAAGAAUAUGCUGCCAAAAUUAUCAACACCAAAAAGCUUUCUGCUAGGGAUCAUCAGAAACUAGAAAGAGAAGCUAGAAUCUGCCGUCUUCUGAAGCACCCCAAUAUUGUGCGACUUCAUGACAGCAUAUCAGAAGAGGGCUUCCAUUAUUUGGUGUUUGAUUUAGUUACUGGAGGUGAACUGUUUGAAGACAUAGUGGCAAGAGAGUAUUACAGUGAAGCUGAUGCCAGUCAUUGCAUUCAGCAGAUCCUGGAGGCUGUGCUACACUGCCAUCAGAUGGGCGUAGUCCAUCGGGACCUGAAGCCUGAGAAUUUGCUUUUAGCUAGCAAAUCCAAGGGAGCAGCUGUGAAACUGGCAGACUUUGGCUUAGCCAUAGAAGUUCAAGGAGACCAGCAGGCGUGGUUUGGUUUUGCUGGCACACCUGGGUAUCUUUCUCCAGAAGUUUUACGUAAAGAUCCUUAUGGAAAGCCAGUGGAUAUGUGGGCAUGCGGUGUCAUUCUCUAUAUCCUCCUGGUGGGAUAUCCACCCUUCUGGGAUGAAGAUCAACACAGACUGUAUCAGCAGAUUAAGGCUGGAGCUUAUGAUUUUCCAUCACCAGAGUGGGACACAGUGACUCCUGAAGCCAAAGACCUAAUCAAUAAAAUGCUUACUAUCAACCCUGCCAAGCGUAUCACAGCCUCAGAGGCACUGAAACAUCCAUGGAUCUGUCAACGUUCUACUGUUGCUUCCAUGAUGCACAGACAGGAGACUGUAGACUGCUUGAAGAAAUUUAAUGCUAGAAGAAAGCUAAAGGGUGCCAUCUUGACAACUAUGCUGGCUACAAGGAAUUUUUCAGCAGCCAAGAGUUUGUUGAAGAAACCAGAUGGAGUAAAGAUAAACAACAAAGCCAACGUGGUAACCAGCCCCAAAGAAAAUAUUCCUACCCCGGCGCUGGAGCCCCAAACUACUGUAAUCCACAACCCUGAUGGAAACAAGGAGUCAACUGAGAGUUCAAAUACAACAAUUGAGGAUGAAGAUGUGAAAGCACGAAAGCAAGAAAUUAUCAAAGUCACUGAACAACUGAUUGAAGCCAUCAACAAUGGAGACUUUGAAGCUUACACGAAAAUAUGUGACCCCGGCCUUACUGCUUUUGAACCUGAAGCUUUGGGUAAUUUAGUGGAAGGGAUGGACUUCCACCGAUUCUACUUUGAAAAUGCUUUGUCCAAAAGCAAUAAACCAAUCCACACAAUUAUCCUGAACCCCCAUGUACACCUGGUAGGUGAUGAUGCUGCCUGCAUAGCAUACAUUAGGCUCACACAGUACAUGGACGGCAGCGGAAUGCCAAAGACAAUGCAGUCGGAAGAGACUCGUGUGUGGCAUCGCCGGGAUGGAAAGUGGCAGAAUGUUCAUUUUCAUCGCUCUGGGUCGCCAACAGUACCCAUCAAGCCAUCCUGUAUUCCAAAUGGGAAAGAAAACUUCUCAGGAAGCACCUCUUUGUGGCAAAACAUCUAAGGCCUGAAAACCAUUCACAUAUGGGUCUUCUAAAUAUCAACAGUGCCACUUCUGCAUUCUCUGUUCUCAAGGCACCUGGAUGGUAACCCUGGGCCGUCCUCUCCUCCUCUUCAUGCAUGUUUCUGAGUGCAUGAAGUUGUGAAGGUCCUACGUGUAAUGCAUAUGUGAUGCACCAUCUUGUCAUAUAUUCCUUCCUAUACAUUGUUUACACUUGCACUAUGGGGAUGUUCCAUGCAAACUUCAAUUACUGUUGGCAAACAAUAGAGGGAGGUCAGACAAAAAAAAAAUUUCCACAAUAUUCCAAGUACAACCUACUCAUCAAGUUUCUGUUUAUGCCAAGAUACAACAGACUUCAAAAUUAUUCUCUGAAUGACAAUUUGUAAGAGAAAUGUAAAUUUUUAAAACUCUUUGCUGUUAAUCAGUUUUGGGCUUAUUCAACAAAAAGCAAAAAAAAAAAAAAAAUAUAUAUAUAUAUAUACACACACACACACACAUCUUCGGUUUUGUGGUGUGAUCCUGGUUAUUACUGCUGUCUAACAAAGUAGGUUAAUAUGUGGGUAAAAUCACUCAUGAAUGUGGAAAUGAGAAUCAGUUGGUUUGCUACCAUCUAAAGUCAUGUUGUUUUUGGUCAAACUGUAAACUGGAAAAAUUCACAUAAUUUAUGAGUGAUCGCUUUAAGAUAUAUUUACACUUUUGGUGAAUUCACUGAGUUUCAUGUUCCUUUCUCAAAUAUGUGCACUCUUUUCUCCAUUUGCUCUUACUCGUUGCUGUUUGCUUUUUCUCCAUCCUCUUCUGUCUUUUCUCACACACUACAAGACAGAAAGGAAAGUGAAAUUUGCAUCGUGGAGGUAACAAAACUAGCACUUUUGAUCAUCUUCCGGACCCACAAAAAUGUCAAGAUUUUAAAGGCUUCUUAUUCUGCUUCGGCUCUAGUUUGGACAUAGGGAUCCUAGGUCAGCGGUAUUAGAAUUGCUUAAAUUUCAGGCAAAAACAGUGAGAUUCCUAGUGUACUACCAGCUGGGGGGACUGGCAAGAAUACCAGGUUGGAGUGCAGCAGGGUUUCCUCUACACACACUUAGUUCUGCGUGGUGGGAGGGGCCCCUCUAGCUGUCUAAAGUCAGAGAGGCCGGCGAGGGAUUUCCAUUCUCGUAAGUGUUUAGAACUCGAUCUCUGUGGCUUGUGCUCUCUUAGCUUCUCUCUUGUGUCAGUAACAUUAUCUCCCUCUGAGGAUUCAGAUUUUCCAGUUUAAAAAGAAAAGGGAAAUGCCCAGAUUUUCUUUGUGCUUCUCAUUUCUCCUUUGUUUAUUCAACUCCUAUAAGGCUGUUUUUCUUCCCUGAAAUGCUUUAUAGUGCAUGAUAUCGUCAUCAGCGUUAUUUUAACAAUAGUAAUUCACAAUCUUCAGAAUCCUAUUUUUAAAGCAGAAGCAAAAAACUAAACAACCCUCCCUCUUUCUCUCAUUUCACCUUUCUGUGUUGACUAAUCACCUUAGAUAUUGUUGCUAGUGGAUGUAUGGUAGAUGGAUUGAAGCUUUUCUGGUAAUUACACAAUUUAAAAAUAUAUAUUUAAAAUAAAUAUAUACAGUAAAUGAAAUGUAUUGAGCCAUGUUAACCUGCCAAUGAGAUCUGUGAAAAGUAAUGGCCUCGUUUUUCCCUUUUUGAUUUCUUUUACCUUUUUGUGAACCGGCUACACGUGGCAUACAUGUAUUUUAAAAAUAAUAGGUAUAGAGUGGUUUUUUUUUUUUUUUUUAACUUUUAGCAUGUGGUGUUGAAGUAUUACUGUAGAUCAAGUAUGUCUUCCGCACUAAGAUGUGAGGAAAUUGUGAUUUGUUCUCUCCACCACAACUGAAUUACACAUUUAUUAUCUUCUAUCAUUUUGAAACACUGCAGUUUACCAUGGGACACUGUAUAUAUUUCUUGCCAUAAUGGUAAAUGACUGAUUGAUAUAUUUAAGAGUUAAUAAAUUUGUGAUUUCUGCUGACAAUGUGUCCAUCUUUUUUUCUUGAGAAUAGGUACUAUAUGCAUGCAUGAUGCUGGCUAGUGCCAACAGCAACGUGUCCUGCUACGGUCUCAUUAGUUCAUAGCAGUUUACCUUUGAUGUAAAGAUAAAGGCACUUUACUAUAUGCACAAAAUAACAAACUCUGCUGGGAAGAUUUUUCUGAGAACAAAAUAGUUAAAAACAAGAGUCCUAAAAUUUCUAAAUAUGUCCUCCAGUCCAUCCUUCAGUGACUGCUAGGGUAUAAUCUAAAUCUGACUGUAGAACACUUCAGUGUUAUCUUCAGUAUACAGGCAAGCACCUUGUCUCCUGCUGCUCCUCAACUUGAACUUGAAUGUACAGAAGUACAACAUCUUUCAAUUUACUGCAAGCAUCAUGCAUCUAUUUACGCUUUUAUUCUUUCCCUUGCUACUUCUUCAACCUAAUUCUUACUCAUUCCUAAAAAUCCAAUUUAGAAAAUCAUCCAUUUGAUUAAACUUUCCUAGACCCUGCUCUAAGCUUGCUCAUCCUCUCUAUAUAGUGUAAUUUGGGUCUAAUUCUCCUGCCAACCAUGCGGUUUUGAAAAUACAUCUCUGUGUCUCCUCUACUGGAUGGAGUAUAAUGGCUCUAGAGGUAAGAACUGUGGGUUCAUCUUUAUAUCUCUAAACUCCAAGAGGGCCAGGAAGAGAGAAACUGUUAAUAGUUUUGGACUGUUGGCCAAACCAUGAAUGGGAAUGUCAGGAUACAAUCGGACACUUCUGAGUUUAAUGUGCAGCUCUGUUGAUGUUGUCUUUGACACUCUGAGCAUGGUGCCUCUUCUCUCUGAACUUUAGUUUCUGUAUUUGAAAAAUGAGAACAAACAUACCAAUUUUCUAGGGGUAUUAUGAGGAGUAGAGAUUAUGGGUACAAAGUACCUAGACUAAUAUUUGGUAGAUAAUAUUAAAUGGUAGCUACUGUAACUGACAUAAUCACUGAUACUAAUACUCCCAUUGUUCCUUGCUCAGGGGAGUGGAACACUCUUGUUUUAUGGUCUGCUUUCUUUAGGUAGGUUUAUAUUGCUGAUAUUCAUUUCAAAUAUCUCAGUGGGAAGAGGAGAAAUACUGAAUAAGGUAGUCAUCUAGCCGAAAGCAGAGAAAUGGCAUGAAGUAAAUCAAUACAUUCUAGGAAAACUCUCAAGGAAUCCUACUCUUAAGUAACUGAAAUUCUGAAUCCUUGUAUAAGUAAUCAUAUAUAAUGUAAGGGUAAACAUAAAUGGCCCAACACUUGAGUGAUUUCAUUAAAUAAAAUUCUUGAUAUCUACAGUU